GAUUUGGCUAUGUAAAUGAUUUGCAAUGUUGAUGUUAACCGAAUGAGAAAAAAAAACAAUCCUCUCAACCGUGCGUUGUGUUGAUGGAAAUUUCUCGGCUUUACACUCUACAUCAUUGGCAUCGGUUGUUUUGGGGAUGAGAAAAUGAGAACAAUAACAAAAUGGAAAAAUUCCAAUUUAAAAUUCACUUAAAUGACUGUAAUCAUUUAUUUGAUGUAAAAAUUCCCGUAGUCAUUUGUCACUUUAUCCGAAUUUGUUACAUUCGAUUUUGUUUGCGUACAUAUUGUGAGAGUGAACAUUAUUGCUAAUUAGAACUGCAACAGUGUGAGUGAGAGCAAAAUAUACCGAACGGAUUAACUAACAAACGAAACGUGCACGCGUACACAGACACACACACACACACAGCGCACACAGAACGAUGCGUGCAUCACUUGGCCAACAACGAUGCGAUGGACAAAGUCCUAAAACCAAAUACAAUAACAAAUUUUGACAAAUUAACGGUAAAAUAUUGCCGUCAUUAGACGCAAUUGGCAACAGGCUCAAAGGCUGAAAUCCGAUGCACACCAAAUCAAUCGUGUUUUGUCUUUCGAUCGUAUCGAAUGUCGCGUUCAAUGAUUUUUUGUUUUACAUUUUUUUUUCUUUGUUGAAAACCAUUUGGCAAAUUACGAAUUUAUGCUGGCAUAAAGUAUAUUCGUGUUGUUAAAAAGGGAAAAAAAACAUUUUAUUCUUGUUUUGACUACGACAAAAAAAAUCAUUUUCAAAGAGUUUUUUUGUUUUGUUCUUUUCGUUAAUUAUUUUGUGUUUCGUUAAAUUUGACAUCGGAUACAAUCCAACACCGUAUUUCGUUCUUGUUUUUAUUUUUCUUCGUUUGUGUUUCAACUGAAAAUGGCAGCCGCUCGACCGAAUCGAAUGCACCGAAACCAUCGUGCAAUUGCGCCACAUCGCUCAUUUUUGCUGGAAGAUUUUCGUGAAAAUCGCUAUCCAAAUUUACAAUUGAACGAAAUUGUGGCGCACGUAGUCGAAUUUGCCAAAGACCAUGACGGAUCGAAAUUUAUUCAACGCAAAAUGGACGAGGCAACAGAUACACGCAAAGAAGCGCUGUUUCGUGAAAUGCAACCACAUUUGCUGAUGCUCAUGAAAGAUACGUUUGGAAAUUUUGUGGUGCAAAAAUUCUUUGACAUCGGCACCCAACCACAGCGACAAGAGUUGCUCCGAUUGAUUCAAACCGAUUUUAUGGCGCUUAGCAUGCAUAAAUAUGGUUGCCGUGUGGUUCAAACGGCCAUACAAAAAUCCACACUACCCGAACAAAUUUUCAUCAUGCAAUUUGCAUCGCCCAGCGAUUUCGUUCAAUUGGCCCGAAACGCCAACGGGAAUCAUGUGAUUCAGAAGUGUUUCCAUUAUGUGCCACAAAUGCUUCAGGACUAUCUGUUCGAACAGUUAAAGUUCCAAAUUUUUGAUUUGUGUUUGGAUCUGUACGGCUGCCGUGUCAUUCAAUGCGUUUUGAUUAAAGGAACAUCGAAUCAUCGACGCGACAUUUUCCACGAGCUCGUCAAAAAUCCCCUCCAAUUGAUGCGAUUGAUUCAAGAUCGCUAUGGCAAUUAUGUCAUUCAACACGCAGUCCAAUACUGUGCACCGGAUGAAAAAGCCCGAUUGGUCGAAUUCAUCGUAACACACGUGGUUCUGUUGGCGCAACAGAAGUACUCAUCGAACGUCGUCGAAAAGUGUUUGGCCAAUGCGUCACAGACAAUGCAAGAUCAUGCAAUGUUCAUCAUUUGCAAUCGCCAAUCAGAGGCUGUGAAAGCAUUGUGCAUCGAUGCAUAUGCCAAUUACGUCAUACAGAAACUGAUUGAAUGCGUAUCCCCAUUACUGGUGGCAAAUCUGUAUGAACGUGUCCAGCCACAUUUCAAAGAGAUGCAACGUCAUGUUUGCGGCCGUAAAAUCAUCGAAAUGCUGCAGCAGAAUGGAUAUCCAUAGAGAGAAAAAAGAAAUCUGCCUUACCUAUUACUUAACCACCAAAAAUCCUGAUUUCAUUUUGUAAAUAUGACCUUUGAUUGUUUCAUUUUAUGCAUGUGUGUAGUCGAUACACAUACCUGUUAAUAUUUUGUACACGUUUGAAAGAAUAACCAAACCAGAAAAAAACCGACGACAAUUUCUGCAUGCAAUUGUCAUAUUCAAAACAAUCUUCGAUUGUUCAACACAAAUUUACAUGCAAAAAAUGUAAUGCAGCUCACUUUUUUUUUUUAAUAUUUUCGCCCACCUUUGUUACCGUUUUGCAUAUAAUCGAUGAAAUGUCGAAGUUCUGAAAUCAGGAUUAAUACAUUGAAUAAAGAAAAUCUCUAUA